GUUAGGAUGUGUGUUUUCGGGGCUUGCUUGUUGGUUGUGCCGAAGUAAAGAUGGUGGGUUUCAACUGAAAAAGAGAUCUUGUGCAUAUAUUUUUCAACUCUGUUUCAGUAUUAUUGUAGUAUAACCUUAAAAGUUCAUAAUAUCGGUACUGACGGCAGGAGCCUGGAAGCAGGGUCGAGGCAGCUAGAGGAGUGUGUCGUGGAGGAUAUGAUUGUAUUUCGGUAACCGUGUAUAUUGUGCUGUAUUGUGCUCUAUAUAUACACAAUCCGACGUUUUCUUUUGAUAAUUUGGAUUUGAGGACUUAAAUUCGAGAGGCAUGGACAAGGCGGAUUUCUUGAAAGGCCUUCCUGUCUACAACAAGAGCAAUUUCAGCAGGUUUCAUGCCGAUUCAGUGUGCAAAGCGUCGAACAGGAGACCAUCUGUGUACCUCCCCACACGCGAGUAUCCUUCUGAACAGAUCAUUGUCACCGAGAAGACGAAUAUUCUUCUGCGCUACCUUCAUCAACAGUGGGAUAAGAAGAAUGCGGCCAAGAAGCGGGAACAGGAGCAAGGAGAGGGGGAGAGCCCUGCCCCCCCCCGGAAAAUCGCUCGGACAGACAGCCAGGACAUGAACGAAGACACUUAAGCAGAGCCUUUUUCCCAGUGCAUGACCCACACCCACACUUACAUCUACAUGCACUCUGACCUCCACAAGACGAAAGACGGAAAACGGAAGGACGGAUUACCAGGACUUGGGAAGGACACUAAGUGUUCGUUUGUAUAUUUUACUCGUCGCAAGAGCUUCCCAUUGUGCUCCCUAUGCUCUCUCCCCUCACACUGCCCAGCCUUGGAUAAGAGGAGGGGGGAGGGGUCAGGGCUGACGCAACAUCCCUCUGAAGCUGCCUGUUCUGAUGGACCCUCCAAUGGUACCCCCGCGUGGUGGUAUCAGCACAGAAACACUGGGGAUCUCUCCUUCGUGUUGGCAUCCUAUAUCUAUCAGUGCAUUUUUUUUACUUUGAGUAGCAUGAACGCUUGUGCUAGCCAUAGCAGAUUAGUUACUGAGGUUGAGUCUUUUUUUUUUUUGAUGUGUUGCAUUUAAUUUAACUGGGCUUGGAAUAAAUAGAUUAAGUGUGGUGGCCCAUUGUUGGCUUAGCCUUGAAUGUUUUGUGGCAAAAAUAAUGGUUAACUUUGUUACCCAUUGUUUUGAAGCAGACUGACGGAUCUGUUCUGUUCUGAUUUUUGGUUGCUUGUCUGCAUUCUUUCAUUUCUCAAACAGCUUCAGCACCUCACUGGAGGACUGCAUUCCUCUGAAUGCCUGUACAAGGCAGAAGGCACAUCAUCUUCUGCUGGUUCUUUUUGCAUGCCGGUACAUCUUUGGGUUUUUACAGAUAGUGUCUGAAGAAAGGUUCUGUAGAACCUGGUCCCCCACCUGAUGUGUUCCUAGAGGAAGAUGGUGAACAAUUGAAACCGGACUUCAUUAAAUGUCUUUUAGAGACGUUUUGAGAUUGCAGUACACAAAUCCAUUAAGUUAUACCUUCAAGGGUGAUUUAACUGUGGGUUUGGAAUUGGGGUUUAAGCUUUGACUGCUUCAGCCACUUACAUACCUUGUCCCUCAGUUCAAGCCCUCGUUAAGGUUUUUGACUCUUUACAGAGUGCCUGAUCAUAAUUAAUGUUGUAGGUCUUAGACAACUCUCAGUUGUAAUUGUAGGGAAAAUUAAUUGAGAAUCAAAGUUGCCCGUUAAGUAUCACAAACCUUUCACUUUAGUAGGUGUACUGCAUCCUACUGUUUUUAAUGGGAAUUCAUCCAGGAAAUUGAGCAAACAUGUCAUGAUUUUGUUUACAGCAUCUUAUAAAGCUACGUCAAGCUCAGCAGUUUGAUUUUCUUCCCCUGUUCUAUAUCACUUUUUAGCCUUCAUGAAUUAGAUUAUCACCCUUUGCUCUACUCUGUGUACUUUGUUGGGCUGUGGCUCACACAGACUGUUGUAUCUUCAGAAACUCUUGUUGUAACCUUAUAAAUUUAAGUCUGAAUCUUUGUUCUUGAGUUGUCGUUGCGUUCAGUGUAAUAAAAAUCCAACACCUAAAGGUGAGUUGGUGUAUGGCUCAAAAUACACUAUUGGCUGUCAUGCUUAACAUAGUAGUACACUGGUUUGGUGUAGUUUACUGGUGCAGAGUAAAGGCAAAUCAAUUUCCCGUUUCAACAGCCUUUUAUUCUAUGGGUUGAAAGAUUAAUAUAGUGUCUGUGCAAUGUAGUAUUUUAAGUUUACAACUAGAGUAUAGUUUAAAGUGGCAGUUAUGAAACCUGUUAUUAGUAUGGAGAUGUCACCAUCUUGUGCUGUUAAUAAGGGUCUUGAGGUUGCCUCAUUUCCUAAAUAAUGAGGUUAGGAUUAUAUUGUGAGUAAAACUUAUUACAAAAUGUGAUACCCAAGCUCUCCACAAGAAGGGCCAUUCUAGCACCAUGGACAGCUCUUAGCAGAGAGGCGUUGGCAUGAACUCCCCCUCAUUCUCAUCCAUCCUUCCAUUUACAAUCAAAUGUUGAACUGAAUACGAAGCCUUUCACCCCUUGCAAUCUGGGAGACUAACUGGGAUUGUUAUCAACGCGUUUCAUUUCAGCUCCAACACCAGACACCCUAGAGUAUGUUCACCCUAGGCUUUUAAGAGCGGUGUUUGUUUUCUUACUGCUGUUAAUGAUGUACUUUGCCCCUUUUGUGGUCUUGUCCCCUGGAUUUGGAUUUUCUUUAGGAAUAAGCGAAGAAGCUUGCUAUUUUGGGAAAAUAUGGCUUGCCACUAUAGUGAGUGUUGUGGAACAAAUCUACUUUGCACUUUGGCAUUCUCUUUUCAAGUUAUUAGCUAUUGGCCUAAAUAUGCUAAUAAAAUGUGUGGCUCAGUAGUACUUUACCACCAUAGACUUUUUGCUAACCAUUUAGUCUUCCUGGAAUUGUUUAGUUCCGUGAUUUUUGCCUCAAACCGUAAGGUGAUAUUCAUAAUUCAAUUAAGUCAUGUGAUUCUGAUGAGUAUAAUCUGUCAUUGCACCUCAGACUGAUGCCUUCCCAUUCUGUUUUACUGAAGGACUUUAAAACUACCAAUUCCCUAAUUAGUGUAACUGGUAGAGGGGUCUAAGCUGAAAUGGACUGGAAGAACCAAAGCAAACCAAUGCAAGCCUAAUGCUUAAAAAGGGAAUAUACAGUCGUUGGUUGAGUGUUACCAGAGUUUUUAAAGCCUGAGCCGUGAUGGGUUGGCAUUUAUAGUUAUGUGGAUCCUUCACAGCCUAGAUGCUAAGAUGUCAAUUGUUAACAUCUAAACCGAGCAAUGCAGUAUGAGCGACAAGUGGUGGAGCAGGUGUUGUCACAUUGUGUACAUGUCUGUCAAUGUUUUUGUUUUUACAUGCUGUUACUUGUGCAGGCUAUCACUGUUGAUAGCACUCUUUGAUAUUGUGUCGGCAGUUUUAUCUGCUUUGCUUUUUUUUACCACUUAAGGCUGUCAGAUUAAAGCUGGCAUUUACACAGAGCCCAUGAGAUUGAGUCCCAUUGAUUUGUGAUCAAAUUGAUAAUUGGUUGAUAGUGUCAGAUGGGGUAAAUGCUUCAGUUUGGCAAGUUUCUGCUGCCAGUCUGAACUUGAGCGAAUGGGUAAUGUGUAAAUGAAGGUGUGGGGAAAUUAGCCAGAAUUAAAUUCCCCAAUCUUGUUUUUUUACUGCUGCUAUGUAAAAUUAUCCCUUUUCUUGUACCUAACUUCUUGUUUUUCAUUGUAUUAUUGUCUUCGCUUGUAAAAAAAAAAAGCAACCCUACAAUGUUUUUUGUCGCACUUUUCUUGUGUACUUUAAGUCUGAAAAGCACAACUUCCAAGUUUGUGAUGUCCAUGCUUGACAUUGCUUUUCCUUCUUGGCCGUAGUAAUUGGGGAUCUGCAAGUUUGGAAUCUUUAAUGUAUUGUGGGUGUAUAGUCCCUGACUAUAUUAUGUCAGUGUAAUAGUAAUGCAACACACAUGCCAAAGCAGGUGCUUUUGCUGGAUGGAUGAAUGUACUGGGGUGGUGUCUCUUAGGAGGUCAGAAAGAAAGCACAUAGUCAGCACUGUUUUCAUGCUGAUCCCAUCUAGUUAGGCCUAAGCUGACCUGCAUGUAUGUUCAGAGUUUUCCAUAAAGGCAACUGCAGAAAGUUAUAGGUGGCAAAUAGCUGCCAUGUUAAAGCAGAAGGAGUAAUCUUCUCCAUGUAACCUUUCAGUGAGCAUUUUGUCUGAUCUAUAACAUAUUGUAUGUACCAUGAUAUCCUUAACAUGCCAUGUCAUUUGU